AGGAAUCAUUUCCCUACUGACUUAAAACCCCUUCUUCAGCUGGAUCACGGCAUCUGAGAACAGUGAGCCCCAGUGCUGUAUGUCUGAGAUGCAACUCCUCACCAUGCCCCCCAAGUUGCAGAGAACUUUCCCAGCACUGUGCCUCCUCGGGGUCCUAUUUCUAUUGCAAAGCCUACCUGUCCUAUGUGAUGUAUGUUGCCCAGUACCAAACCUAAGGAAUGGCAGAAUCACUAGCCAGAGAAAAAGUAGCUUGGCCAGUAACUGUGAAUAUUUCUAUGGAGACUCGCUUUCAUAUUCAUGUGGUAGGAGACGAAGUGUUGAAGCUUCCUGCCAAGCAGAUGGCACUUGGAGUCCUGAAACACCAGUAUGUGAAGAGAGUUGCUCUUAUCCUCCUCUUAUUGCCCAUGGACGUUAUAUAGAAAAGUCUUCAUACCUAUUCCAACCUAAGGAGGUUAAAUAUGAAUGUGACGAAGGAUACACUCUGGUUGGAGUGGCCACACUCUCCUGCAGUCAUUCUCGCUGGUCAGGUCCGGCCCCUCAAUGUAAAGCUCUGUGUCCAAAACCAAAGAUAGAGCAUGGAAAGGUGUUUGGGGAUAAGGAUCAAUUUGUUGAAUCUGAAAAUGUCACCAUCAAGUGUGCUUCUGGCUAUACUGUGGUCGGUCACCAAAAUAUCACCUGCUUAGAGAACCAUACCUGGUAUCCAGAGGUGCCCAAGUGUGAGUGGGGGGUCCCUCCUGGCUAUGAGCAAGUUCUAGCAGGCAGAAAACUUAUGCAGUGUCUCCCAAGACCAGAGGAUGUGAAAAUGGCGCUGGAAAUGUAUAAAUUGUCUUUAGAAAUUGAAAUCUUGGAACUACAGAGAGAGGAGAGAAAAUCUACUCUGAAGUCAUCACUGUAAUUUUUUCCAGAAGAGGGAGAAAAAAGUGCCUUGCUGCCUUCAAUUCAAUGUGGAUCACUCUAGUCUAGCAACUCUACCAUCCCAUUGGCACCAACAUUAAUUGUAAUAAAUAUCUAGAAAGGCUAAGUUACUAAUGUUUUUGCUAGUGCUUUGAGAUUAUAGAAUUAUCGAUUAUCUUGUGGCUAAUAUUUUUGCUUUAUCUGGACACUAAUUGCACAUUUUUCCAUUAAAAUUUUAUUAUCAAACACAA